ACAGUUUAAGCUUCUGUAAACAUAUUUCACAAGUUCCAGUCGUCUUUACAUCUAUAUGCUUAUUCUGGAUGUGUUCAUGUCUCAACCUAUUCACUUUAUUACUAGGAAUCAGUGAAACAUUUCAUUGGAGUGCAUUUCAAGAGGUUUGGGGUAAUUAUAACUAAGGACUCUUCAUUUAAAAGUGACUUCAUAAUUACGCGCGACAGGAAUUUUCUCACAAAUAAAACUGGUGAGAAAGUUUCCAUGAUAUUAAUCCGACAAGUGACAAAACCUCAUUGUAAGUGCUAGGAACUGAGGAAAUCUAUGAACACGUUCGCGGAUUGUCUACCGCAGUAAAUGAAUGGUUUUAAUGAGAGCCUGUGCAAUCUAGACGGAGUACGACCCACCGCUUCUGCCGCCGGGACUAUGCAUCUAGAGACAAUUCCCGUCGGAAAUCCGGACAGCUCCCACACCGCUCACACAACCAGCUUCGACUCCACCACCUCAUCCCCCGGAGAAAUGUCAGACGUCAAACCAGCAGUGUCUCCCGAUAUGAAAAUGAAACCGGAAGCGGAAAUGAGUGAUGAAGACAAGAAGAAGAAGAGACAGAGGCGACAACGGACACAUUUCACGAGUCAACAGCUCCAAGAAUUGGAGGCGACCUUCGCGCGCAACAGGUACCCGGAUAUGGCGACACGUGAGGAGAUCUCUGCCUGGACCAACCUCACCGAGGCACGCGUUAGGGUCUGGUUCAAGAACAGACGCGCAAAAUGGAGGAAGCGUGAACGCAACAUGGAGACGUUUAAGACCGGGUUUGGCACACAAUUUACCGGACUGAUGCAGCCAACGUUUGACGACAGCUUCUACAAUGGCUACUACAACAACACAUGGGCGACUAAGGUGCCCAGUCCCCUGGGCUCCAAGUCAUUCCCCUGGGGCUUCAACUCAGUGAACCCGCACCUGUCGUCCGUGGUACCCUCCCAGCCCAUGUGCUUCUCCUCUCCUUCGAGCAGCAUCAGUUCCGGCAUGGUGAACAACGUGCCGCCCGUUCCAACCAACAUGAACACCCCUAACUCCCCGUGCCCGUACGCCAGCCCGGCGCCGCCCUACAUCUACACCCCAAACAGAGACACAUGCACGAACAGUAUAGCGGCGCUGCGGCUCAAGGCGAAGCAUCACUCGACCAUCCCCUUCACAUACCCAUCCAUGUCGCCCCGCCAGCAGUCGCUGUCCGCGUGUCAGUACGCCAGCGUCGGCAACACCGGCACUGUCUGAUGGCCGCUUACACACCGGCCGUGGGGUAAUACAUUCUGAUAGUGAUUAUUUAUGUGAAUAUGUUAACAGAGAUCUGAGCCGCGCGAAAAUUUUAUAGAUCUGAUCGUGGAUAUAAACUGAAAGAAACUUGCUUGCAAGGUCCACACAAUUAGUGCCCAGCUGUCUCUUAUGUGGCCAUGGGAACACUUAUCUAGUACACAGUGUUGGUUCGAACAAUAACGAAACGUGCAUUUCAGUGAUGCGCUGCAUUUACGUAUUAGGCUCUUCGGUAAGAGUUGCACUGGCAUUUUCUGUUUACAUGAUUUCAAUGUGUGUGCCCUGUCAAAAGCACAAACUGACAUUGCAAAAGGACUUAACAAGAUGUUGCAAUUGAGUGACGUCUUCCAAACUUAACGACGAUAGCCGAGGGUAUCGAAUAGUUAAACCGGAAGUAAGACAUUUUUCAUGAUUUUUCAUUGUUUUAACUACGUUACAUUUUUAUAUAUAAUUGUUUAUGUGUUCUUACUUUUUCACUUGAAAUGUGCUUGAAUGAUGGUUUAUUUGUUGAGUGUUUGGUAUCCAGAGAAAAAAAUCAUUGUGGACGUUUUCCUGGCUUGACUGUAAAAGUACAUUGAGUUCAUGUUGUUAUCUAAAAUUAUAGCGUUUCCGAUAGAUAUGUUCAUUUAUAUUGUAAACAGUAUUUACUGCAUGAAAAAAUAUUCUACAGUCAGGCCAUGAAAAUGUGCAGAAUAUUUAUUUAGCAUUUGUAUAGAAAUAUAAAAUUGUGAAUAAAAGAGAUCAAACAAUA